AUGGCCGGUUUAGUAGCCUCAGUCUCUGGGGGAUGGAAUGGCAUCGUCAGGAGGAGGAGAUAUUGGAGCAUGUUUGGUAUUUUCGCCAUCGUCCUCUUCUUCGGCUACAGCUUGUUUAUCCUCUCCACCGAGUAUGAUCGGGUGUCCAAGAUAAUCAACUUUCUAAAACCGAACAAGAACGGCGACAAUAACGAGGAGGCGCCUGUGGACAAGUUUAUCGCGGACCUUCAGGCCAAGUACAAGCCCACGCUACACAAGAUCGAUAACUCGACAUUCGUCACCGUCGAGGGUUACAAAUACACGGUGAACGACACCAACCACUACUUCACCGAGCCUCUGGGAAAGAGGCUGCUCAUCCUCGAUGCCGACUCUCGUCUGGAGACCGAGCCUGGUCACAUGCUGGCGCCGCCGCCCCUAACGCACGAAGACAUCAAGAGGGGUACGGCUGGUAUGCUGAAUCACUUUCUCUAUGCCAUGAUCCACGGUUACGAUUAUCGCCUCGUCAAGUCGCCCAAGGACCCGAACCGCCACGGCACCUGGUCCAAGGUGUCUCUGAUCAGGGAGGCCCUCAAGACCCACGAUUUCGUCGUCUUCCUCGACUCCGACGCCAACUUCCAGUACUACAACCUCCCCUACGAGUGGCUCAUGAACCUCUGGGGCGUCAACGGCGACACGCUGGCCGCCAUGCCCGAGGACCCCAACUCCAAGGUCAACCAGGACUCCAACGGCUGGGUCCUCUGGAACACGGGCUUCGUCACCGCCCAGCAGAGCGAGCGCACGCAGGAGAUGUUCGACCGCUGGGACAACUGCCCCUCGGGCGAGCGCUACAAGGAGUGCAAGCACUGGGCGUACGACUGGGCCCACGAGCAGGCGGCCUUCGGCGCCUUCGUCCGCUACGAGUACGAGGUCGGCAAGGACCUCGUCUCCAUCUCGUGCAUGGACGGCAACGGCGCCAGCUACAUCGGCGACAAGAAGUGCGGCGGCGUCUUCGUCGCCCACCACUGGGGCAACAAGGACAUGACCGUCAAGCAGCUCUACGACAAGCUCGACGGCCACUCGGUCGAGGAGCUGCACCGCCACUUCCACGACAACCAGCAGACCUACUACGUCAACGCCGAGACGCACACCUACCCCAUCAAGGACAUCACGAUUUGA